UCCCCCUUCUCCGCCAAUAUUCUUUAUGCACCCUGUCUAGGAUAUAAUAGAUACAGGUCGCUGCCAGGGGACAAGUCCCGUGGUCGGCAACCUUCUACAGCAACUCUUCCCCAAGUGGCUGGUUGAGAUGCCUCACCCCACUUUCGAAGGCGUACAAAGCGCUUAACAUAAUACCCUUAGGACUUUUGCUGCAUCUUAUUGUAUAAUGUGCCCGAGACCUGCACACCAUGGACGCUGCGAGCGAAGCUCCAGUGAGCGCUUGCUGCAUGCUUAGGUAGCACAUACAUAUUUUCGUAUCUCCCCUUGCUUCGCGGACCAAAAUAAUGAGAACCCUUUUACCAUUUUCGUCUUUUUGAAUCUAUCUUUCAAUUGUUGGUACCACUGUUGGAUCUGACCCCUAGCUUGUUGAUGCCUGUGCGAGGUUGUGACCUGCCUCGUCGAGUUAUAUCCUGACUGCUUUGAUAUGGAUAACGAGAAGACGGUCCGGUAGCUGGCUAAUUCCGCCCUUCGAGACGGUACACGGUACCGAUAAUAACCCCGGUGUCUAUUCUUGUUCACGAAUAUAGAAAUUAAUAUUGGAAGUGGUGGCAACAUAUCCGACAGGAAUCGAACGAUAUAAUGUCGUCAAGCGGACCCCCAGGAGGGUUAUCCCUUUUCCCUAAUACAACGAGCUCGCCACCUCGGAAGGCAACUCCGCGACCACGCGCUAGGUCUGGCUCUCGGUCUCGAGGGCAAGGCUCGUCUUUUGAAAUGAUACCACCGCGAAAUGGUCGCAAUAAACCAGAAGAACUUUCCGAUUUUGUGAUUGAUGGGACACCGUCGAUGCCUAACGAGUUACAAAUGGCUUCAAAUAACCCAUUCUACCAGAAUGAAGCUGGGCCGUCUGUUUCAAGGCCAGUGCCAGCAUCAGAAGUGCCACCGCGAGCAGACACGGCAUUUUCCGGGACAAGCACAUUGGUGAGAAGUGAGAGCGGACGGUCACGAAGUUCAAUCGCAAAGAGGCCUCUUGGAGAGCCAGAACCCUUACCAUUACCGCCCUCAUCAUCUCCCCCUACAGAGCCAGCCAUCCGCUCUAUAUUUCCACAAUAUGACCACACACUGCCAUUCGAUCGCCAAGAAUAUUAUCCCACCCAGACCAGCCCAACCCAUAUCCCAAGAACCGUCAUCAGUAGACAAUCCCAUGUGCCCGAAAGCCGGAGUCCGCCGGUUCGAAGUCCCGUACGGAGUCCCCUUAGCGCAGGUUCGGCGCAACAACGGUGGCCCAGACGACCUCAAGAUCCUCCCGUAAUCCCCGCUGUGAGCACAACGGAAGAGUUACGCGACCUGUGGAAAGCAGCAAAUGGGUGGAAAGCCUCCGCGGUAGAAGGACGGACAUUUUGUUUGAAAUUGCUACCAGAGAAGGAUACACCUAUUUACAACCUCACAUCAUCGAGCGCUCAACCUUUUUAUCACAUGAAACUAGACCCGACAUCGACAAGUGCAUAUAUGACGCUUAGUCGACAUGAUCCAAGCAAACCAUUCAAAGCAAAAGACCCGGCCGCAAGUCCCCGGUCAUCAACUGGACUCUUAGGAGCUCUUCGAGAAGCUGAAGCUAAGUCAUGGCAAGAAGCUUUGACUACCAUGUUAGAAGAACCUUCACGUCGGCUACCGCCCAAUGACGGCCUAGUCGCACUAUUAUAUCCCUCCGUGGCUGCCAAGGUAGCAUUGGAUAGACCGGGCGAUAUGCAAGCAGUUAUGGCCGCGGAGCGAGAGUGUGCGCGUCUGGUCUGGGAUGAGGAUAGCACGAAUUAUUUCUUAGUGCACCCCGCUUUGGCGACACCCUUUUGCAUCACAAUAGAAAGGAACACGGCGUGGAGCCGCACGGAAUACACAAUUGAGCAUAUCGAGUCACCACAUCAUAUUGCGAAGCUCACGCGGGAUGGGACAGGCGAGGGCUGGCUAGAACUCGACACGUUGGUCGCGGGUCGCAUAGAGAGCUACUACAUCCUGGACGUCGCCGUAUCCGCAUUACUCAUCGUAGCCAACAUCGACGAAAAAAACAUCCUAGUCGAGCAGUUUGAACCACCACCUCCAGCGCACCUCCGGAAAUCUAGUUCUAACCCCGACUUCCGGCGAAGUAGCAGUCGACUCAGUAGUAAAAUCCUCGGCAAAAAGAGUAGCAAGAAACGCGGCCGUAUCGAGGAAUUAGAACUCGAUCUCGAGAGCCAAGCCAGUAGUCUAGGCGGCAAGUUGAAUAUUAAAGAUAAGGACAAGGAGCAAUUACCAGGCUCGGCGCGCACAAUUAUCAAGCUACUUAGCUUCGGGUUUAAAUGCGUUAUAUGGGCGCUUACACUUACGUUUAAGGCGCUUUUGGCGGUUGUAGUUGGAUUGACUAAGUGCUUGACUAGUGAAAAGCUGUAAUGAGGUAUACGAAAGAACGAUGAAUUAAGUCUCUAGAUUACGGAUAUUUGGUUUUGGGCGCGGAUACCUACUAUUUGUAUACUUUUAUCGCCCAAGAUGUGGGUGUGGGCAGAACAUAUUAAUGAAGCAGGCCGGCCAUUUCCUCUUCUACACUUGGACUGCUGGACAUAAUAAUAAAAGUU